CCAGUACUCCCUUUAGGGGGAAAAAGUUUCCUUGGGAUGGGAUUGGGGACCGGAAUCAUUCUGUCAUUUUGGCUGUAGGGAGAAUCAAGCAAUGAUUGGGCUUGUGCGUGAGGUUGGCAGAGAGGCGUGUUGAUCUGCCGACGUGUGCAUGAAGUCCAUACGUCGAUCUGACGAAGAGCGUCGACGUGGCUGGUGUACACGUGGCCUAUUCCGUGUGACAGGGUUGGUUUUGAAGGGCAGGGCAGUUUGCGCCAGCCGACCUGGACGGCAAUGGCAGGAGCUGAUUGGGACCUCGGACUCGGAGAUCGAGGGCCGUGGAAGGCAGAUUCGCAUCAGAGCAACCGCCGAUGCGUCUGACGUCAUUGUGAAGAAGUAGAUCUCACCCUGACCCUUGUGUGUGUGGUGGGGUUGAACUGGUGAUGGGCAAUUAGCCAUUCCAUCAAGUCAUCAAGAAGAAGUGCCCCCCGAUGAGCGCCAAUUGGGGUACAGCUGGACAGCAUGUGGCAACCCACCACCCAUUCGGGCAUCCAGUUGAUUAAUUACCCGUCUAUGGGAACGACGACGUGCACCCUUCCUCAGGGCAUACUCACAUCAGGAGUUCUUACUUAUUUCUGGACGUAAUUGGGGUCACAUUCAUCCAUGUCGGGCCGUGAAUACGGUGAGAUGCAUUCAAAGUAGUGCUAGUGUGAGUACGCCCUCACUCUCUAUCGUUCCCGCGUUCUCGCUCAUCUUUUUGACACGUGUUCAUUCCUCUCGUUAGUGAAGUAGUGAAUAAGCAAUCACACGGCGCGCAGUUGUUGUGGCAUUUGCGGUCGCGUAUCCCCCUCUGCAGGAAAUGCAUGCGAAUAUUUUUCCUUGUUAUUUUUUUCUUUCUUUUUAAAGACGUUGGGUCGUAGACACACGAGGGGAGGGGGUAGAAAAGCACAACUCCCGCACACAUCGGGUAGAGGACCAGAUAGAAUUGACUGCAUUGUCUCACAGGGGGCCGUGUCGUCGGCGCACCUCGGUGGACCUCUCUUUCUCUAGCGUAAUCUGUCGCCGGCCGGCUGGAACUGAUUGGCGGCAAUGGCAUGCGCGGGGGUUAAUGUCAUGUUGUCGCACGUGGCGCGCGGUGCGACUGUUGGGCUGCUAGGCUUAGAAGAUCCGGCGGGGCAUGCGGCAGGAGGGUGGUGUGGUCACACACGUGGCAACGGCGGCGGGAUCGGGACGGCACGGUGCAUUCAGCGACAGGGGACGGCAUCUAUGGCGGCGGCUUUGCCGCACAAGGUGACGUGGUCGCUCAGUAAUGUCGCACUGUCUCGUCGCAAGGAAUGGUUGUCAUCGGGUGGAGGGGAGUUGAGCACAAGGAGCAAGGAGAUUGGAGCGCCGCCAUCCCAGUGGUUUUCCGCAGCAGUCGGCGGGUACGAUGCGGAGCUGCAGCUGCAGCUGCAGCGCCGGGGAUUGCCUCGGGAAGGUCGACAGAUAGGCUGCGCAUUUUCCGCAUUUUUCCUCGGGGAGACGAUGAGGAGGGGGGAAGAGAUUGCUGCCAUCGAGGGACGAAGGAGACGAUACUAUCCGUCUUAUUUUCUUGGUCAUUGUAUUUCCGACAUAGGUUCAAGGAGGGGGGGGAAGCGGAGCGUCAGCAGCAGGCCAGGGAAUAGUAAUAAGGGAGAGACAGAAGCAAGAGCAGCAGCAGCAGCAGCAGCAGCAGGAGCAGGAGGGGGAGGGGGAGGGGGAGGGGGAGGCGGAGAGGGAGCAACGAUUGACACUGACGGGCCGUCGGUGUCGGCUUCUGGUAAGGCGAAGAAGGCAUUGGCUUCGACGUCGCCGCCGCCGCCACUUCCGCCUCCGUCUCAGCCGGCCGCGGACGCGCCAGGCGAUAAUAAUAGUGAGACGGCGCGCCCAUCGCGGACGAACUCCUCUGCCUCCUCAUCAUCCACGUUUUCUUCGUCAUCGCAGUCUUCGGCUUCGUUGUCGGCAAUAUCCGAGGCAAAGACGGGCGCGACUUCGUCGUCGCAAGGUGUGGCUAUGUCGGCAAGGUCCAUACCUCCAUCCCCAUCAUCGUUCCCACCAAAACCGCCAUCGCCGUCAUCGUCGUCGUCCUCCCCCUCCUCCCCCUCCCCCUCCGGCGGGCUCAACGCGAUACCAAUGAGUUCGGCAAAUCUUGUGGGAACGCGGACCGGUCUGUUCCGCGCGCCCAUCUCCGGUGGCGUUCAGAGUGCCACGUCAGCACACGGCCUCCCUUCUCCCGCCUUAGCCGUUCGUAAUCUGAUCGAGCAAGCCAAGUACGCCCACCUCUGCACAGUAAUGUCACGCAUGCAUCAUCGCCGCCGCGGCUAUCCCUUCGGCUCCCUCGUCGACUUCGCCUGCGACGCAACUGGGCACCCUAUCUUCUGUCUCUCUCCGCUCGCCAUCCAUACGCGCAAUCUCCUCUCAGACCCCCGCUCCACCCUCGUCGUCCAGAUCCCGGGCUGGAGCGGUCUGGCCAAUGCACGUGUCACGCUGUUCGGCGAUGUGCAUCCGCUGCCCGUUGAUGACCAGGCAAGGGCACAGCAGCUGUACCUUGCGAAGAACCUUCAUGGCCCGUCUCAUCAGUGGGGCAAUUUCAAUUUCUUUAGGAUGGAUUUAAUCAGCGACAUUUAUUUCGUUGGGGGGUUUGGCACCGUGGCUUGGGUAGACUACGCGGAGUAUGCUUCCGUCAGGCCGGAUAAGAUCGCCACGACGAAUGCGGAGGACACUCUGCAAUCGCUGAACAACAAGUUUUCACUUUACGUGAAGCAGCUGCUGAAAGUCGACCUGUGUCAGGAAAUUGACGAUGCGGCCAUAAUAUCAAUAGAUGGGAAAGGGAUUGAUAUAAGGGUGAGACAAGGGGCCAGAUUCAAUAUUCAGAGAAUGGCUUUCGAGACCCACGUGGACAGUCUCGACGAAGCCACGUGCGAAUUAGAUAGGAUAAUCCAUAGAGCUCUGCUUAUCAACCACCUCGAUGUAGAAUAUACUGAUGACGGAGAGCUCCUCGUCGUUCCUUCCUCCUCCUCCUCCUCCUCCUCCUGAUCAUGGUAAACAUCUUCAUUGCCAGGUGGCGACCGUGAAAGCCCAUGAUUCAUUCGAUAUGACGUCACGAAUGCCUCGGGCGAAGGAGCAUGCGAAGUCAAUCAUCAACGUGGAAGCAGGCGAAGGGGAUGGGAGUGGUGGUAGCGGGAGGGAGUUGAAAGGGUUUUCGAGGGGGUGAAAGCCGGGGAUGGCGGGGGCCGCUAACCAUAUCAUCUAUGCGCUUGACACAGUCGGUGAUGGUGGUGUGUAUGAUCUAUCCUCCUCUCGGGAUGUGUGUGGGUACGUGCGUGCAUGUGUGUGUGUGUGUGUGUGUGUGUGUGUG